UGCGCUGUUUGCGCCGCUCUCCCACUUCUGCAGGACUUUUUCGUCUGAUUUUAUUUUCCGAGAAAGAAGCAGAGGAGAAUGUCCACGGGUGAUGAUGAUUCAGUGGAAACUAAAGUUUGUGUCACGUGCAGCACCGACUCCGAGCGCGAGCUCCUGCUACGUUUCUCCGUCUGAACGCUCCUGAACGCGGACAGCGGGCUUUGUGCAGCCUCAAGUCCUUCCUCUUCCGCGCCUGGCAGCACCCAACCUGUCCACAGGGCUCCCCGACACCGACUCCUCUCUGGCCCCCGUCAUGGAUGUGUUCAAGAGCCGACUUUUGGGAAUUUCCGUGGCCGUGGCGCACGGCGUGUUCUCGGGCUCCCUGAACAUCCUGCUGAAGUUCCUCAUCAGUAAUUAUCACUUCGGCUUCCUCACGCUUAUACAGUUUCUGACCAGCAGCACCGCAAUGCUCACCCUGGAGACCCUCAGGCGGCUGGGGAAGGUCGAGAUCCCCCCGUUCAGCCUGCAGCUCGCCAAGGAGUUUGCCUCAGUGUGUAUCCUCUCCACGCUGCAGUCCACGCUCACGCUGUGGUCUCUGCGCGGCCUCAGCCUGCCCAUGUACGUCGUGUUCAAGCGCUGCCUGCCACUCUUCACGCUCAGCAUUGGCGUGUGCGUGCUCAGGAACGGCGUGCCGUCUGUCGGGGUGGUGACCGCUGUGCUCAUCACCACCGGGGGAGCUGCGCUAGCUGGUGCCGGUGAUCUCACAGGUGAUCCCUUUGGUUACGUCACCGGUGUUUUAGCCGUCAUCAUCCAUGCCUCCUACUUGGUUCUGAUCCAGAAAACCAGUCUGGACAGCGAGUAUGGACCGCUUACCGCACAGUACGCCAUCGCCAUCAUGGCCUCACCGGUGCUGCUGGUGUGCUCCUUCAUUUCUAUGGAUGCCAUCAACAUUUGGUCAUACAAGGGCUGGACGGACCCUCACAUCACGGUCAUCUUCAUCUUCUGCAUCUUCAUUGGCUGUGCCAUGAACUUCACCACGCUGCACUGCACCUACAUCAACUCGGCUGUCACCACCAGCUUCGUUGGUGUGGUCAAGAGCAUCGCCACCAUCACCGUCGGUAUGUUGGCCUUCAGUGACGUUGCACCCACCAGUCUUUUCAUUGGCGGUGUGGUGGUGAACACCAUCGGCUCCAUCACCUACUGUGUGGUUAAAUACUACGAGACAAAGAAGAAGAGCUCGUACGAGGACCUGGAGGUGGCGGGAAAGGACAACGGGCUGCCGGGCAAGCCUUACAGAGAGAAACCUCCGCUGGACGGGAGCGGUCCCACUACAGGAUCUGACCCAGAGCAGCCAGAGACAGAAGGAGUGCCGAGCAGUGACGACAAGGAGGAGGCAGCAGCCACGGCCCAUUUGGCUAACGGACAGUUGCGGACGGGAGAAGGUGAGAAAGGUGUCAAUUCUCAUGUCAUGACAGAAAAAGAGGCACUGGAGAUGCAGAGGGAGCACCUCCACAAAGAGAACACCACUGCUGCCACGUCACUCAGUGAUAGCUAUGUCGGAGUGUGGAGGUCCAUCAGACAUCUGCAGUUCCUAAAGAAAGACCCCUUGAUCGAAAACAUGGAGCAGCAAAGUCCGUGAGGGUGGGACUAAGAGCCGAACUAAAAAAAAAAAAAGGAAAUUAAUAAAACGUCAAGGAAACCAGAGAAGAAGAAAAUGACUGAACCUCUACUGUAUGUACGCCAGGAACCUCUUAGUGCUUACUGAAUGCUCGUUGGUCGUGUUCACUGCUGUUGCUUCAAUUACCUCGACGAGAUCUUUUGUGCCAAAAACUCUGUUUCAUCACACAGAAGUCUGAGUGCUUUAUUUCUUUGUUGUUUAUGAGUGAUGGAGAAAAGUGGAUGAAGAGCUUUGGGCAGAGCUGCCCGUCAGUGAUAAAUCCUGCCUCUCGUGUCCCUCGGCUCAGCGGUGGGGUGGUUGGGGCUAGGCAGCGUGAUGUGGAUUGCGUCUCCAGCUUGCAGAACAAGAGCAAGCCUUGUAGAAAAAGAGUGCAUCUUGUGCAAACUUGAAAAUCACACCCAUCAGGGAGGAGCUGAACACAACUAAAGGUUUCUGUUUUGUGCUUUGAUCUUGUUUCUGAUUGGCUGUGGGCAUGCGAGCGACUCUAUGGCUGUAAUCACUCCGGGUUUCUUUGAGUUCGUCCAGCUCAAACUCUGCAGGUCUACGGUCACAUUUUACUGCUGGUUUCCUGUUUCUGUGUUUACUUUAGCAACAUUAAGUGAAAUAAUAAUCCUGUCAUUUCACGCUCCGCUUCUGUCUCAUUUUCUUUUCUGUGUCUUUUCCUUAAUUUUAUAUAUGCGUUGUUCUUCUACUGGUGGAUGUUCACAGAAAACGGCCAAAGUUUCAGAACUAAUGUUGGUGUAUGUAAAGGUGAUCUCUGUGAGAGGAGAGCUCAGACUUCAGAACUUUUUUUUCUAUCCUUGGAUCUUUAUGAUGUCAGUGAGCGCAGAUAUUCCUUGUAUGGUCAUCUCAGCCUUUCAGUUCAGGCGUUGAGCACAGAAGCCCAACUAGCUAUGCUUAUGCAUUUAACGACAGGGACAGAGAGAGAGAACUAAAAACACUCCAAUAGCUUCUUUAAACAGGAUCAACUGAAAAACUGCACCAUGGCCCAAAAGGAAACACAAGAGCAUAAUGGCCGUUUUAAACACUUGUAUUUAUUUUUCAUUUUAUGCUUUUUUUUGUCAGCUAGGUACAUUAAAAAAGGUUUCUUUUUGCUUUAUAUAUUAUAAAACAAGAUGUUUUCAAAUACAAGUAAUUACAAGUUUACACAGUAUGAAUACAAUUAAAUACAGCUGCAAAAAAUGAGACAUUAUAAUUUGAAGCCUUAUAGUUCUGAUUUCCACUUAUUUCACUUUUGAGUCCUUCUUCAGUGACACAAUGAUUUUAAGUUCUGGUUGCACUAAACAAGCUUUGUGAAGUUCUCAUUGUUUCCAGAAUUUUUAUUUGACGUUUCAAAGUCCGCUGGAGAAAUAAUUAAAAUAAUUUUAAUGUUGAUUUCAGUUCAUGUCGAGGCUUGAUGUAAUUAUGGACUGUGAUUCAGGUAGCACGCACCACACAGCAUAACGUGCUUAAGUGAAAGUACCUUUUCUUCACUUGUCAUCACACCAGUGUUAUUACAAUGACUGGACCGAGCAAGGAUGUUCUUCAGGCUAGCUUAAGAAGGCUUUUUCCCAGAGAUGUAUCUAAGACUAUCUAAGACUUAUUUAUGAGGCUUUUUGUGCCAUUUGACUAUGACUGGGUGCAGGGUCGGGUGGCUUUAAUAUUGAUGUCUCUUCUUCAUCCAUAAGGAAGUUUAUUUACCAGCAGAGUAGAAUGAAAAUGAGCAGUUCAGUACACCUAACAAUCUGAGAUUGAUCAUCUUGACAGAACACCUGUAAUUUGAUGACAGCACUUAGUUUUACUGUGGCGCUUCCCCUGAAAAGCGUCUUGGCUCCACAGAUCGCACUGUGAAUACUUUUUUAUUAUUUCUACCUCCAGUAGAAAUUCGUGCCCACGGGGAGGUCUGUGCAGAGGCAUCUGGCACAAAGAAGCCUCCAGUGGCUUUUGUGAUAUGCAUAUGAAUCCCUUAACGCACACCUUGCUGGAGAUUAUUUCAUUCUUCAAGCCUUCCUAAUAUGUUAUUUUGGGACGGGAUUACAAAUGGCUCGGGAAAAGAUUUGUAGGAGGUGUAAGAAAACGUGGCUUCAUGAUUAACUGUUGUUCGCCAGAUUGGCGUGAUUGGAUUUGAAGAGAAUACUGGUUACAAAGAAUUUAAUAUAAUCUGCUUUAAAAACACAAACUGUUCCUCUGACAGCCUCAAUAACAUCAUGGGAGCUAGAGAGAAACAGUGACAUGUGCCCCACAGUGUCUGCGUGUGGG